AUGAAGAACAGGGAAGUGGUGGAGAAGCUCAAUAGUUCCUUUGUGUCUGUAUUCAUGGAAGAAGAGGCAGAAAAUCUCCAACAAAUCCUCAACAAUGAAAGGACUCGUAAAACAGAGCAACGAAUAGAAGUUCACCAUGAGCCUCACACCUGCCUCCCUGCUGUCGAGGAUCCCACCCCCUCUGCUUUACUGUUUGCUUUGCUGGUUAUCUUUCAAAAUUCUACAGAACCUGAAAUUGUUACCAAGGAUUGGAAAGAAGCAACUGUGACCCCACUGUUUGACAAGCGAGGAAGAGGGACAACGGAGAACUAUAGCCCUCUUCAUCAGAAAGGCAAACUUGGGAAUAUCAUUGGUUCUGGAAUCUUCAUCUCCCCAAAAGGAGUCCUGGAGCAUGCUGGUUCUGUGGGCCUGGCUCUUAUCAUCUGGACACUAGCUGGAUUUGUCACUGUGAUUGGUUCCCUUUGUUACGCUGAGCUCGGAGUGACCAUCACCAAGUCUGGGGGAGACUACACCUAUGUCAAAACUGUAUUCGGAGGAUUACCAGGGUUCCUGGUCCUGUGGAGUGCCCUGCUGGUCAUAAACCCGACCACACAAACCGUGAUGGCAUUGACCUUCUCCAGUUACGUGCUACAGCCAGUGUUCCCAGCCUGUGUGCCCCCUUACAUCGCCUCGAGACUCCUCGCUGCUGUCUGCCUUUUGCUGCUGACCUGGGUGAACUGUUUCCGUGUGCGGUGGGUUACCUGUGUCCAGGACCUCUUCACCGCUGGCAAGCUCCUGGCCCUCGGCCUCAUUAUUGUGAUGGGCUUUGUGCAGAUCUGUAAAGGUCAUUAUGAAUUUCUAAAGCCCAGUAACGCGUUUGACAUUCAGACAGCUCCUGAAGUUGGUCACAUAGCGCUCGCUUUCCUCCAGGGCUCAUUCUCCUACAGCGGCUGGAACUUCCUGAACUAUGUCACAGAGGAGCUGGUUGACCCAUGCAGGAAUAUUCCUCGUGCCAUCUUCAUCUCCAUCCCCCUGGUGACCUUUGUUUACGUGUUCUCCAAUGUUGCAUAUGUCACUGCAAUGAGCCCUCAGGAACUGUUACACUCUGGAGCUGUCGCUGUGACCUUUGGUGAGAAGCUGUUGGGAUCGAUGCCAUGGAUCAUGCCAUUCUCCGUUGCCCUGUCAACAUUCGGGGGAAUCAAUGGAUACCUAUUCACAUCAUCCAGGGUCAGCGCUGAGGGAGCGCCGCACUGUCGGAGGGUUAGUGCUGAGGGGUUGGUGUCUGUAGCAUAUGGUCUGUCUCUGGUGCUUUCACUGUAUCUCUGUUUGACCCUGUAGUGUGCCACCUCCUUAUUGAUGCUGAUCAUUGCGGAUAUCUACACUCUAAUCAAUUACGUGGUGUUCAUUAACUAUUUGUGCUAUGGGGUUACUGUGACUGCAGUCCUCAUCCUUCGCUGGAAAAAGCCAAACAUUUCGCGACCCAUUAAGGUACACCUUCUGUUCCCAGUUGCUUACCUGCUGUUUUGGGCUUUCCUGCUGGUCUUCAGUUUCUACUCUGAGCCUGUGGUGUGUGGCACUGCCCUUGUCAUCAUAUUGACCGGUGUUCCUGUCUAUCUGCUCGGAAUCCAAUGGAACAAGAAGCCAAAGUAUUUCAACGAUAUGAUUGAAUCUAUUACGCAUUAUGGACAGAAAUUCUGUUUUGUUGUUUUCCCACAAGAGGAGACUCCAGAAGAGAAUGGCCAGCCUCCAACCUUGAAUACAAACAGAAAAUCCCGGGUUGUGUAGCUCACCCUGAGCUUUGACUGUGCCUCAGAACCGUACCAACCAGCUGUUCACCAAGCUGUGACCAACAAGGACAGUGGGAAAGGUUUUGCCAAAACAAAAAGGGAAAAAAAAUAUGGCUGGCAAAGGGAGAAGUUCUGACAUUUUCUGUUUUGGGUAAAGUGAUAGAGUUCAGUAGAUCUUAUGGAAAGUCUGUCUAACCACCCGAAGAAAGCUGGAGCCUCUGAGACCAAGUGUAGCAGAUCUGACAGGCUCUGAUUGGGAUCGAUACAAUCCACGUUCUGCCUGACAGACAGACCUGAUCUGAGCUUCAAUCACUGUUAACAUUAUGGAGUAGCCAAUUCAGUUCAAGCCCCGCUACUUUUUCAGUGUCAGUAACCAGGAAAGUACAACUUGGUGCACUGUUCAUUAACUGUAUGUUAAUUCUCUAUGUAUCCCAUUCUCCACCCCAAUCUUCCCUGACCCUCUGAACACUCCACUGCUCAUUGCUGUUUAUUCUGCAUCAUCUCCAACUCCACAGUCUCUCACUGUGGGAGCUCUCAUCGCACCAGCCCUGACCCAGUGAUCAGGAUUAGCCCUGACCCAGCAAUCUGGACGCACUCUGACUCAGUGAUCCUGAUUAUCCUUCACCCAGUGAUCCAAACUGCAGUGCCAGCCCUGUUUCAUACUUAGCCCACAGGCUGCCAGCUGGUGUUGUUUUACCACAAGCUGUGUUUCUGAAUCCAGCAUUGCGUCCAGUGGGAAUUUCUGCUCAUGAGGAAUUCCCAAAAAGGACCGGACUGGAAGGACAGGAAGAACAGGCUUCGUGGUCACAUUGGCACGCUGCUGUCCUGAGUCCAUUUCCCUAUCCUUACUCUACACUACCUUCUGCUGAUUGCAGCUGAGAAUUGUGCUAAAGAUUGAGGAACUGGAUCAAAAUGAAAUGCCGAAUCCUCAACCACUCACUGCUGAUUCCCCAAACCACCAGACAUAAGCUCCUUUCACCAGGGGGUGGCAGUAGUGUCACUAAUCGUGAAGCAGGAGGACUUUGAGGACAGACUUUGAUUUGACCCCUUAAAGUCCUUCUGUUCUUGAAGUUUAUUCCUUUCCUAAUAACUUAACGUGGAUUUUUUAAAUGAGUUUUUAAUGAACCUGUUACACUGAACACUCAAGGCGCACAAUGUCUCCUUUUGUGAAAAGCUCAGGUAAACUACAGAAGUCCACAUGUAUUGAACAAUUUAGAAAUUGUGUUUUCACAACUGAGGGCAAAACAUAACUGCAUUCUCAACGAGUGCCACUCACACAGCAAGACCCUAACCCUGAUCCUAGACCAGUUAGAGCUCAGCAGGAAUCUCCUCAUCAAAAAGACAGAAACAUUUGUGGAAUCAAGUAUUAUUUCAGUGAUUUCACCACAAGAUCCAGACACGUGCAGUGCAUUACAGAGGGAGCGCCGCACUGUCGGAGGGUCGGUGCAGAGGGAGCGCUGCACCGUCAGAGGGUCAGUACUGAGAGAGGGCCACACUGUAAUUCAGAGACACAACUGUCUUUAUCAGUACUGCACCCCACUAUUAAAGAGUCAUGUGUCUCCACCAGUACUGUACCCAUGUUACACAGUGACAGACCUGUCCCCACCAGUACUGUACCCCAGUGUUACACAGUGACAGACCUGUCCACACCAGUACUGUACCCAAGUGUUGUACAGCAAUAAACCUGUUCCUAGCAAUUAAGCUGAAAAUGCUUUUUCCAAAUAGUUUGUCUUUGCAUGGAGUGAAUCAACUAUGCAAUCAAUAGCUGUUUUCAUAAUUCAAUUUGACAUGGUGAUACUUUCACAUCCAUUCUUGCACAUAAUUGAAAUCCAAAUGACAAUGCAUUCACUCCAUACGGCACACUGCUUGUAGGAGCUUUGAUGGACUA